ACUACGCUUCCCAGGCUGCCCCGCUGCAGCCGCGCGCCCCGCGCCGCGCCCGGCCCGGAGCCGCCUGUUGAUCGCAGUGCAAGCCCGGGGCCACGGCGCCGCCCCUGUUGGUCGGACCCGAGCACUCGGAGCUCUAAAGGCUGUUGCUCAGCACCUUCUGCUUCGGGAUGGGUGCAAGCAAGGUGGUAGUGUGAAGUCCCCCGGGAAGCUGGCCCACUUGAACGUGCCCGAGGAAGGUGCCUCUCCGAAGCCAUGGCGCUCCCCUUUCAAAAGGAGCUGGAGAAAUACAAGAACAUCGAUGAGGAUGAGCUUCUUGGCAAGCUCUCAGAAGAGGAACUGAAACAGUUGGAAAAUGUUCUAGAUGACCUAGAUCCCGAGAGCGCAAUGCUACCGGCUGGGUUCCGACAGAAAGACCAGACCCAGAAAGCCGCCACUGGCCCAUUUGACCGAGAGCACCUCCUCAUGUACCUGGAAAAGGAGGCUUUGGAACAGAAAGACAGGGAGGACUUUGUGCCCUUCACAGGAGAAAAGAAAGGGAGAGUGUUUAUCCCCAAAGAAAAGCCAGUAGAAGCUCCUAAAGAGGAGAAAGUGACUCUGGACCCAGAACUGGAGGAAGCCUUGGCCAGCGCCUCCGACUCUGACCUCUACGAUCUUGCAGCUGUCCUUGGAGUCCACAAUUUGCUCAACAAUCCGAAGUUUGAUGAAGAAACGACCAAUGGCAAAGGUCACAAGGGACCUAUAAGGAAUGUUGUCAAGGGUGAAAAAGCCAAACCAGUAUUUGAGGAGCCCCCGAACCCCACAAAUGUGGAAGCAAGUCUGCAGCAGAUGAAGGCCAAUGACCCCAGCUUGCAAGAGGUCAACCUCAACAACAUCAAGAACAUUCCAAUUCCAACCCUGAAGGAAUUUGCAAAGGCUCUGGAGACCAACACCCAUGUGAAGAAGUUCAGCCUGGCUGCAACCCGCAGCAAUGACCCUGUGGCCCUUGCUUUUGCAGACAUGCUGAAAGUCAACAAGACCUUGAAAAGUCUAAACAUAGAAUCCAAUUUUGUCACUGGAACUGGAAUCCUGGCCCUGGUGGAAGCCCUUCGAGAGAAUGACACCUUGACAGAGAUCAAGAUCGACAACCAGAGGCAGCAGCUGGGGACAGCGGUGGAGAUGGAGAUAGCCCAGAUGCUGGAGGAGAACUCAAGGAUCCUCAAGUUCGGGUACCAGUUUACCAAGCAAGGGCCACGGACAAGAGUGGCAGCUGCCAUCACAAAAAAUAAUGACCUGGUUCGCAAGAAGAGAGUUGAAGGAGACCGGAGGUAAACCUCCACUAACAGAAGUGAAGUCACACCACGCAGCCAUCUGAAAAAACGGGCACAAACUCAUCCUCCACGGGACCAUCUUAUCUAAGGCUGUUCGUUUCCGUUAACCGUGUGCGUCAUAAUUUUAACUGUUACUCUUUUUUAGCACUGCUUAUUUAGGUGAGGUUCUGAAAUGUGUGUAGUGGUUUGACUUGCUCCUGGACACGCCUGGCGGCUUGCGCCGAUAGGAUGAUACAGAUGUUAGAUGUCGACAGCGCUGGAGAUGAUUUUAACCACUUUGAUAUUGGGUUGGCUUGCUUUCCUCCAUGAACAUGUUUUCAGUCAUGGGAAGGGACUUAGCGUGUAUGUGUGUAGCUGAUUACAGUAGAGGCCUACCUCUGUUUACAUGCAUCACUUUGAGCUAGGCUGAGUACAUGAGAAGUGGGCUGCUGACCACAUAAGAAGUUAGUAUUUGCCAAUCUUCCACAAAUUCUCCGUUAAUUCCAGGAACAUGUCUCUACGUGCGCAUGCCCAGCUGAUUCAUGGUCGGUGGGAUCCUUCCUAGAAAGCACUUUAAUACAGCAUUAGCAAAUUAACUGUUUAUUAUCCUAUGGGUAUAUCGAUAAUUCACACACUUAUCUUUACUGACUAUUAAACAUGAAUUAAACAUAUUUGUGUAGGUGUGUGGUACUGGGGAUUGAACCCAGGGCCUUGUGCAUGCUAGGCAAGCACUCUACCCCUGAGCUACAUCUCCAACCCAAAUUAGAUUUAAUAGACAAUUAUUUAUAAAGCCAUUGAAAGCCUUUCCAGGUAUAAUAGAAAAAUUUUAAAUUUCACCAAAAGAAAAUUUCAAAAUAUUACAUUCCCAAAUAAAACAAUAACAGUGACAGCUAAUGGGCUAGAGAGAUGGCUCAGAGUGCUUGCUACUUUUCUAGAGGACCAGAGUUCAGUUCCCAGCACCGAUGUCAAGCAGCCAACAAUGGCCUAUAACUCCAUCUUCAGGGGAAUCUGAUGCCUCCAGCCUCUGAGGGCAUCCACACACACAUGUACAUACCCCCCAUGCAUGUACACUUGAUUAAAAAUAAGUUUAAAAGAUAAUGGCACCUUAAUCAAAGUUUCUGAUACAUAAGAUUGAGUGAAUUUGACAAAAUUUAAAAGCAAUUAAUGCCUCAUCUUUAGCAUGACAGGUUCACAGGAUAAAUUGUGGGUAUUGUAGUUAAUUACAUAGAUUUUUUUUUUUUUUUUUUUGGUCAUAUGCAUUUGCUUCUCUGCCUUUUGGCUAAAUCAAGUGCCACUUUUUAAUCACAUGGUCAAUCCAGACAUUUGGAAACCUUAGGUAAAAAUGCAUUGUCAGUUACUCAGAUGUUUGUCACCUCAAAGACAAAGCUGGUGGAAAACACAACUGAAAUGAUGGCAUUGAUGUCUUAGUAUAACCGUUGGACAGUGCAGUGCGAAAUUAAGGUGACAAAUGACAGAAGUCUUUGGCCGCAAAUCACCACUCCUCUCUCCUGUCAUUGAUGACAGCCUGUGACAGCCCCUGUCAGGUAGCUAAGGCUAGCUCCUCUUCUCACCACUGCGACUGAAUAGCUGGCCAAAGGAACAGAAAGAAGGGAGAAAACGUUCGUUUUGGUUCACAUGCGACAGCCAUGGCAGCUGGAGCACAGGUCACAUUACAUUCGCAGACAGGAGGCAGAGAGAGAUGAAUGCUGGGACUCCACCCGCUCUCUCCUUUGUCCCCAGUCUGAGACCCCAGCCUGUAGGAUGGCGCUACCCACAUUCAGGGUGAGUCCUCCCUCCUUGGUUAGACUUCUCUGGGAACACCUUAUGUGGUUCCACAUCCCAUCAGGCUGACAAUGAGGAUAACUCACAGUGUUUCUCUUUCUUCCCUGUCCUCUCCUCUCCUUACGCAGCAUCCCUCUGGUUUCCCUUCUCUUUAGGACUCUGAGUCUUACAGAGGUGAGACUCUUGUACUGUUGGCGGAGCGGAAGCUGCCAUCCCUGGCAGAUCUUGGGUCUAGGCCUAUAUAGUUUUAGUGACUGUGAGUUCCUGAGUUGCUUGGUAGCAGGAAGACAAGUUGAUGGGUGAGUAACUUAGCUUGAAAAGCACUUGGAAUCUGUUUAGAGGGGCCUUUAAAAAACUGGACACUUGGAGGGAGAAACUGGAUGCUGACUGGUUCUAUAAAUACCCAUAGCUGAAAGCAAAAGUCCUCUAAAACAUCUCAUUUUCUUGACUCAGUUUUACUAUUUUUUUUUUUCAGGACACAAUAAGGAGGGUAUUCUGACAUUUUUUUGAGUCAUCCCCAAUCCUUUUAUCUUCCUGUCAAUCUGAAAAUGUAUUAGUACAUUCCAUUUGAUGGUUUUCAGUCUGAUUUUUCUUUCCUUCUCCCCCAUUUGGAUGUGCUAUAUUGGAGUCAGUUUGUACAGGUUUGCUGGGUGUUCGGCUUUCAAGAAUUCUGUGAAUGAUUGUUCAACAUAGCACUACUAAAUAUUAAGGGAAGCCAGGUGUGUUGGCACACACCAGUGAUCCUAGCACUUGGAAUGGAGGCAAGAUCAGUGUUGGCUACAUAGGAAGUCUGAAGCAAGCCUGAUACAUGAGACCCCCAACCAAGACAUAUUAAGUGACAUGCACUUACAGUUAAAUCAAUUAUGAUAAAGACUAAACUGUGUUCUUGAGAUUAUUUAUGUACAUUGUGCCUACAUGGUGUAAAUACUACCUGUGGUGUGCUGUGGCACGGUUCUUCCCAGCUCUCAGCACUAACUUCUUGGCUGUGGUGAGAAGAGUCUUUGGAGAUUAUCAGUGUGUAAGAAACUGUCUCCUUUCUUUCCUCUAGAUUGUUGGCAGAUAAGCAGUUCUACCUUGGUGAAGUGUGUACGAUGUAUUUGAAUCCUAAUUUUUGGUUACCAUGUUGCCAAAGGGAGGAUGCUGUGUCUUUCCUCCAUCCUGGUCACAGACCUCUUUAAAAGCAGAGUCCCUAGCAAACCUCUACAAGAAAUCCUUUUCCUUUCCUCAUUCCUUCUCUUUCCUUCAUCUCUUGAGAAGCCCCGCCCCUGCAGAGUGUUGUCUGCAGCCCCACGUUUUGGAGAAUGGGUUGCAGCUGUUAGCACACCCUGGCAAAAAGCAAGAAAAAAAAAUAUAAGAUUUGGAUCACAGCUAUUCCUUUUUAUAAGGAGUUAUUAAUACUAUUAAAGCAAGAUAGGAGAACAUUAUUUUUAAAAUCAUGCUGCUGUUAGCUUAUAAGAUGAGUGUAUGAGAUUGUUUGUUGCUAAUCAGCUGUUUUAUUAUUAUGGAUUUUUAAGUGGCUUAUAAAAUGACAUUUCCAUAAGUAUUUACAUAUUGAAAAUAGCUACUAGAAGAUCAAACAUACAUUUUGGGAGAACUCUAUCAAGUCAUCUAAUUAGUCUAAGACUUCACCUCCCUUCUGCCCAAAGUGGACAAUUAAUUUCAUCAUGAUGAGACAUAAUAUGUGUAAAUUAUUUUUAUAUGUAUAUAUUUUGCUAGCUAGUGUGCGGAGUGUUUGCUAAUGCCUGAAUAGCUGUUUAGAGGGAGCUCAUGUUUCCCUCGGCUGCUCCCUUCCCCUUUACAGUUGUACAGGCCCAUAGUAAAUGAAAACUCACUCCCCUAGACUUGAAGGUUCCUGUCCCUGAUGUCUUGUCAUGGCACAUGUAGAUAGAUGGCUUUCAGGAGAUGCACUUCUCAAGUCUAGAAAUAGUGACUAGUCUAGUAGUACACGUGCAUCUCUCUGUCUGCCUCAUGUGCGUGCGCAGCUAAAGCUCCUUCGUCCUUUUCAGCAUGAUCAAAACCCUUGCUUUCAUCUUUGAGAGAAAUCAGUUUCCCUCCCUCCCGCACCCCGCCGUGUGUGUGUGUGUGUGUGUGUGUGUGUGUGUGUGUGUGUGUGGUCAGAUAUCUAACUAGGUAUUUGGCUACAUCUGGACAACAGAUUGAAGGGAGGCUCUCUCCCCAGCUCCACUUCCCUUCCCCUUUUAGAACUGCUGCAGACCCAGGUUCCAUGGGAAAUUACUCUGGGGUCUGUGGAGGAUGACUCUUAGAAAAUUCACUGGAUUAUUACCCCAUGAGAUCUUCCUAUAUGCCUAAAGUCUGUAUCAUUUCAUACUCAUGAACAUCAAUUAGCCCCAUCCUUCCAUCUCUGUAGGACACACUGUAUAUAAAUACUUUGUACAUAAGGAUCACCAAAUACUGUAGUGAGGUGUUUGGCUACAUGUAGACCAUGGAUUGACGGGACCAUGCUUCCCUUGCCCCUCUCAGGGUUGUUGUGGGCCCAGGUUAGAGAAUCACGUGCCUGGAGGGGCAGGUGUAGCUCACCCAUUUUCAGCACACAGCUCAUCUUCCAGUAGAAGCCCAUCUCCAUGUUAAAGCUCAGAAAAUAUCACAGUGCCUGUACCCCUGGAGCCGGUUUUCCUAAAGGAAGACUGGAAUACCAGACCAUGAACAGCUGCUUCUCUUCCACACAUAGAUGUGGCCCCUUGUGGGCACCAACGUUGUGGAAGCCACUGCCUUCAGAAUAACUGCCACAAGACUCUUCUGAUGCACAAAGCUUAGACCUGGCGUGGAAACAUCAGCGUGCUCAGACAGCCCUGCAGAGUUGAUAAAAGUGUUUGAACGUACUUCCUUUUUCAUGGCUGAGACUUACUCUGCCCUCUCCUAAAUACCGUGCAAGAGACAGGAAGCAUAAGAAUUCUGGACUGAGUUUAUGCAUGUUUUAGUGUUGGGAUGAUAGACCGAUUGCCUUUUUGAAAAGUAGAUAUCGCCAGGCUGUGGUGGCACACGCUUUUAAUCCCAGCACUCGGCAGGCAGAGUCAGGCAGAUCUUUGUGAGUUCGAGGCCAGCCUGGUCUACAGAGCGAGAUCCAGGAAAGGCACAAAGCUACACAGAAAAACCCUGUCUUGAAAAAUCAAAAAAGAAAAAAAAAAGUAGAUAUUGAGUUUGCUUCCCAUACCCCUGCUACUUACUCCAUUCUCAAUUCAAACACUGAGACACACAUAUAGGAAAGGUACAAAAACUUUCUAACAUCAGGCUGAUCCCACUAGGUAAACCACAGAGCAGCCUUUUGGAACUAACUGACCGGGGAAAAGUAUCCAGAACCUCAGUGUUCACUGUUUCCUUAUUCCCCAAUUCUACAUCUGACUGUACUUUAUACUCUGGUUCAAGAUCCUUACCAAGGAAAGGGCCAGGGAUUUAAUAUUUAAAUUAAUUUAAUGGCAGAACUUGGUUCUGCUCACUCUUCUUAAUCUCUCUCCCAUCAGCUUAACAGCAAUGACCAAACAAUCAAUAGAUAGAUGAGCAAUGGGUUACAAAUUUUAAGUCUGUGUCCUGGGUACUAUUCUAGAAAUGGCACAUGAGUCAGAGGUUAAGCCUAUUUCAGACAUUGUUGCCUUGGAGAGGGUGAAGGAGAGGGUAGAAAAGAGCAACCUACUAACCAGGCUUGGUUAGCUGUGUCUUGUGGCAGUCAUUCGGAGCACAUUGGCUCAGCUAGUUGGUAUGGUGAAUGGGUACCAUACUAACAGAUUUGGAGGCUAAAUCCCAAUCCCGUUACCCACACUUAGCAGGUGUAUGAUCAUGGGCAAUUCAUCUAAUUGCCUGCCAAUUAUAGAUUAUAUGAGGGAUGAGCACCGGAAAUGUAGUCAAGUGACCUGAACACUUGACUCUGCUCUUUCUUAGCUGGGUGACUUUAGGGGAAACCACUUGAUCUCUCAAGCCUAAAGCUCCCCAGCCAUUAAAUGGGAAUAAUAUCUUCACUAACUACCUCACAGAGUUGUAGUGAGAAAAUAGAAUCAGAUCAUCUGAUGAAAACACCAUAGAAACUAGAAAACACUGUACAAAAGUAGAUCGCUUUUUUUUUUUAUCAAUUCACUAAUAUUUCCCACUGCCUCUGAGUCUGUUUCAUUCUGACCAAUGAUUCAUCUUUUGAAGUAGGGCAAAUUGGACCAUGGAAUGAUGGAAUUGGAAUGAAGUAAGGGACUAGAAUUGUUUUACUUCAAACAUAGAGGUGAGAGGUGGUUGGUGGUGGCAGUGGGUAUUAUAGUUCAGUGAUACAAAUGAUAGAUCACUUUGCUGGGUCACUUUGAAAGUACUUUGGAAAGGGCUGGGAAGUAACUCAGUAAGGUGGUGUGCCGGCCUUGUGUUCACAAAGAUCCGAUCCCCAGCACCGCAUUAGCUGAGCAGGGUGGCACAAAUCUUCAAUCCCAGCAAUCAAAA